CCGGUACUCGCAAUUUCCGCGUUUUUUUUGAGGCAAUUUCUUUGCAGUGACAGAAUGACCUGAUCGUUUUACUUUCUAAUUUAAUAAGGGGAGGACAACAAAAAACUUCCCAUUUCAGAAAAUAUAACGUUGGGUAUCUGUUCGUCUUUACUAUAAUAGAAAGAGCAAGUGCUUGUUCAAGUAUUCUUGACACAAUUUUAAUAACCUAAGAGUUGUUGACUUCGCAAAGAGUGAAAUACUAGAAUGAAAAACAAAGCAGAGAAAAAAGCUAAAAAGGUUUCUAGUCCUUCGGAAGGUGGGCAUGGGCCAGCCAAUCGAUCUAGUUGUUGGAAAAUUCCGGUCAUCUUCUUAAUUCUCAUCUGCCUGGGAAUCAUUGUUUGUCUGGCCCAGUAUUACGUUUCGUUAUCAGCUCCAAUGGAGUGUUAUCAAUGCAACUGGAUCUCACAAGCCUAUGGCCCAUCUUUGGUUGACGAUCCUUGUGGACAAGACCAACGUCUCAGGCCAAACAGCAAUGCCCACGUCAAAAUCUGUGCACCAGACCAAAACUACUGCGGAACGCUUCACAUACUAUUUUCGUACGUCGUUUCGGGCCGGGUCAAACAACUUGAGUUUGCCUUCAUUCGUGACUGUUUUGCCGACUAUCCAUUGCCAUACGUCAUGCAGCUCGACAACCACAACCAAACUUAUUAUGGGACCAGAGAAGGCAAUGUCUACCCUAAUCUAGCCGGUAUGACGUUGAACAUGACUGUCGUUGGCCAGCAGUGUAGUUUCUGGAACAAUUGCAACUCUAAUGUUCCUAGAACUGGACUAGGAUGGGCAUUUCUUGAUUCCGUCACUAUUUUGCAUCAGGCUAAACAGAAGGGUGUGAGCGCUUGGCGGGCGUUGGUUGAUUUUGUUCAAGCUGAAAAUGAAUAAAAACUAAAUUUUUGUCACCGUUUAGUGGCUGAAAUGCCUUGACAUUCCCUGCUUUAUAACCUUGAUUUCAUUAAAUAAAAAUUUCUUCCAGAUU